AAGUAGAACCACAUAGCAGAACGAAAAGUCUCACUUUCUUGUUCAACGUCUUCCUCGUUUUCCAUCUUCUUCUUCCAGACACCUUCCGUUGCAUCAUUCAAGCCCUCUUCGGUUUUGUUGUUGUUCCUUAUGUUCUUCGGUUUUUAAAUACUCAACCAAUAACACCUGGAUUUAAUAGGCUAUUUAUUGUGUCGCUGAAUCGCUUACUUCUUCUUGAUCAGACAAGCUACAUAGCCUGGUCUGUCUAAUUUUGUGUUUGUUUAGUACGUCCGUGUUGUUGACCUCCUUCUUCACACGUAAUCCAAUAUAUAUAUUUUUCUGCCGAUCCAAGGAUUCAAAAUGGGGAAGCGUUUGAAAAACGAGAAUACGAGCCAAAGACAUGGCAAAUAUUAUCACAAAUCAGGAUGGUUAACCGGAAUGCUUCAUCUGCUUGAUUUUCACCAUUGGAGAACUAAGAACCGCCCAAUCUGUUGGAAGACUCCAAGAACACAUUCCUUGGUGCAUGAAACUGAUGAACAAGAACCGUUUCUUGAUUCUGAGAAAGGAGAUUCAAAUAUGCUUAGUGUUGUUGCAGAGAAGCCAACGAGAAAACUGAAGAAGACGAUGACAACAAAGCAAGUAACAGAGUACGUUGAUUUUCUUGAAAUCUUGAGAAAACAAGAUGUUUUUGUCAAGAUACUGAAAGAUCCGAAUUCGGAGUUCGGGAAGCAAGUCCAUAUCAAGUCUAAUCCAAGAGUUUUGCCCAAGUCAGGCUCGUUUCCUCUCUCACGCUCUUCACGUCCCGCUAAGAUUGAACACAAGCAGAGGGAGAAUUGGUAUUCCCCAAAACAGAACGGUGCCGUUUUGACUUUGAAUGUUCCAAGAGACACUUCUCAGGAACAACAAAAACCAAUCUUACCUUCUCAUGGCUCACCUGAUGAUCAUGGAUUUAAUCACGCGGUGUUAAGUGGAUUUAGAGAAAUCAAGAAGUUACUCAAGAACGCGCUUAAAGACCGAAAGCACAAGAAGAAGAACAAGUAUGCUUCUGUCUCAAUAGAUGAUUCUGUGGGUAGAUACUCUCAUCUCUUGGAGCAGAGUUUUAGAACAAAAGUUGGUGAAUUACGUUCCAAGAGCUUAAAACUUUCAUAUGAAGAGAAAAAGAGUGAUUCGAGAGAUGAUAAUAAACCACAAUUCUUCAAACGGAUUUCGUCAUUGUCCAGCCUUGAAGUUCUUAGUUCAUUUCUGACCGACCUGCCCCGAGACAGUUCUACUUCCAAUCUAGAAGCUAGGAAAUCUUUAGAUCAAGAUACUAACGUUGUGCCCAAGAAAUCGUUAUUACUAUCUGAAUCUCCGCCAAAAACAGAGAAGGAAGAAAAAGAUGAGGAGCAAGAUGAGAGAAACCAAGAAAAUCAUUUAGACAGCCCAAACAAAAGAGUCCUGCAACAAGAUCCAGAUUCUGUUCCUAGUACCGGUUCCUCCGACAAUACUGCACAAAAGACGGAGACUUUACCCUCACAAGGUUUAGAUCUAAGUUCUUUUAAGAUUUACAACCAUAAAGAAGAAGAAGAAGAUGAAGAUGCUUGCUUUUGUUUUGUAAAGAAGGUUCUGGAACUUUCAGGUUUCCUCGAAAACGAACACAACGUAGAAAAAUGUCACUCAGAGGAACAACCACUGAACCCAUCACUGCUCUACGAACUCGAUAUACAAGAAGAAGCAGUGAACAGAGAGCUUCUCUUUGAUUUGGUAAACGAAGCAAUCGCUGAGUCUCACAGCCAAUCACACAUCUAUUUCCCUAAAACAUUAGCGUUUGCAUUUCCAAAUGGGAAACGUUUUCUUGAAGAGGUGUGGGGAAGAGUUGAGUGGAGCCUCUCUGGGUUAGGAGCUGAGAAUAGAGAUCGUUCAUUGGACGAUAUUGUGGGAAGAGAUCUUACGAAGGGUGAUGGAUGGAUGAAUCUACGAGCUGAAUCUGAAUGGCUGACUCUUGAGCUUGAAGAUCUGAUUUUUGAUGACGUUUUAGAUGAAUUGCUUAGUGAAUGUUAGUCUUUUGGAAUGUCUCAGUCAGUUUUUUUUUUUAAUAUGUAUACAUGUAUAUAAGUGUUUGAUACAAAUUCAAGAUUUCUAA